AUGGCCAAGCUGGCCACAGUUGCGAAAGAUUCAUUGAUGGAUUUAAGUUUUCAUGUUCCGACUUCGAAUACUCAAUUCAUUGGAGAUGAGCAUCGUACUUCAGCUCAGAUGCUAUGGCAGGCUAUCUCGGUUGAAAUUGAUGGUGGUGGCUCCUCAGAGAUGGCUGUUGUUACAUUUGAUGGAAUUGCAAUUCUUACACCAAGGGGUCGAUACAGUGUUGAGCUUCAUCAGUCAUUCUUGAGACUCCAAGGACAAGCUAAUGAUUUCAAAAUCCAGUGUAGUAGUAUUCUUCGCCUAUUUGUUUUACCAAAGUCACACAAUCCACAUACCUUUGUGGUUGUCACACUUGAUCCACCGAUUCGCAAAGGACAAACUUUAUAUCCUCACAUUGUUAUUCAGUUUGAGACAGAGGCAGUGGUUGAAAGGGAACUAGCAUUAAGUGGUGAGGUUUUGGCUGAGAAGUACAAGGAUAGGCUUGAGAGCUCUUACAGGGGUCUAAUACAUGAGGUAUUCUCCAAGGUCCUUCGUGGCUUAUCUGGUGCUAAAGUGACAAGGCCAAGUACCUUCCGCAGUUGCCAAGAUGGAUAUGCAGUCAAAUCAUCACUUAAAGCUGAAGAUGGUUUGCUUUAUCCACUCGAAAAGGGCUUCUUCUUUCUGCCAAAGCCCCCAACACUAAUUCCUCAUGAUGAGAUCGAGUAUGUUGAGUUUGAGCGUCAUGGUGCUGGAGGUGCAAGUAUAUCAUCUCAUUACUUUGACCUGUUGGUCAAGUUGACAAAUGAUCAAGAACAUCUCUUCAGAAACAUCCAAAGGAAUGAAUACCAUAACCUCUUCAACUUCAUCAGUGGAAAGCAUUUGAAAAUUCUGAAUCUUGGAGAUGGCCAAGGUAGAACUAGUGGUGUUACUGCUGUUCUUCAGAGCACCGAUGAUGAUUCUGUUGAUCCACAUCUGGAGCGGAUAAAAAAUCAGGCUGGUAACGAGGAAAGUGAUGAAGAGGAUGAAGAUUUUGUGGCAGACAAGGACGAUAGUGGAUCUCCAACUGAUGAUUCUGAUGCGGAUGGCUCUGAUGCUAGUAUGAGUGGAGGAGACAAGGAGAAACCUUCCAAGAAGGAAGCUAGUAGCUCAAAGCCGCCUGUGAAGAAGAAGCAGAAGACUGGGCCUGAUGAAGGUUCUCAAAAAAAGAGGCCAAAGAAGAAGAAAGAUCCCAAUGCCCCUAAGAGAGCUAUAACCCCAUUCAUGUACUUCUCAAAGGCUGAGCGAGCUAAUAUCAAGAGCAGCAAUCCUGAACUGGCUACCACAGAGAUUGCAAAGAAGCUUGGAGAAAGGUGGCAAAAGAUGACAGCUGAGGAGAGGCAGCCAUAUGUGGAGCAGUCCCAGGUUGACAAGCAACGCUACGCAGAAGAGUCUGCAGCCUACCGUGGUGCAGCCGCUCAGCAGGGCUCUGGUGCUGGAUCGGAAUGA